AGUACGACGCCGAAGCCGCGAGGGAGGUGCCGCGCAAAGUACGACGACGAGAAAGCCGCGAAGGACGACGCAUUCCGCGCACAAGUACGACGCCGAAGCCGCGAAGGACGACGAAUUCCGCGCACGAGUACGACGCCAAAGCCGCGAAGGACGAUGCCGCGCAAACGUACGACGAAGAGAAAGCCGCGAAGGACGAAUUCCGCGCACUAUGCCACCUAUGCCCACUAUGCCACCUAUGCCACUUAUGCUGUCUUCGUCCCUUUUUCCUGGUGCUGUCCAUCACUUUCCGCCGUUACUGCCGUCGUCUCCAUUUGCUCCGCUUUUUUUCUUCUUGUUUUCCGGUGUCUGUUUGCGUGCGUUCUGCUGGGAGCGUACUCUGUUGUUCGGUGGUGUCUGGCGGUUUCCGCCUUCGUCAGGCGUUGGGGAGCGGUCCGGCCAUCCCAGUGGAUGUUUCUUCGAGGUAAAGGCAGGAUUGAGUUGGCAGUGGCAGUGG